GUUGUCUGAAGUUUAAAUUUAUCAUUCUAAAGUAUAAAAAAUAAAUAAAGACUUUUAUUUUUCUGGGCCGGUGAAAAGAAUGGAGAUGACAGAGGAAGCUUACAAACUAGCUAAGGAAGCUCAUGUCGCGAAUUGCACGGGUGGAACUAUCAAUGAAGUUAGCAUGGUGUGUGGCUCGAUUGUAAGCUCCCACAUGUUAUGGAUAGCCUUGGCUCGCUCGAAAUGGAUAAACACAGAUUCCUUUUUACCUCAGUUUAUAAUCUAUGUCUUACCCGUACUCUCAUGUUUGACAUUGGCAUCCGAUUAUGCAAGCUGGGUUACGAUUGGCAUGGGAACAAUCUCGUUAAUCAUUUCGUGGUCGAUUUCUGAUGCAGAAGACAGCAAAGUAACGCCUUCCAACUAUAAACCUUUUUUGACUGUAUAUCGUGCAGGCACAAUGAUUUCGACGUGUAUUGCUAUAUUAGCGGUGGAUUUUCAAUUCUUUCCGCGUCGUUUCGCCAAAGUAGAGACGUUUGGUACAUCAUUGAUGGAUGCAGGUGUAGGGUCGUUUGUGUUUUCAUCGGGUGUUGUUGCGGCUCGAGGUUACAUCAACCAGAACAAUCAAAGUGUAUUGACACAAAUGAUAAAAUCAAUCCGAUCAGCAUUUCCUAUCUUAGCUUUAGGGUUUGCUAGAUUGUUUCUUACGAAAAGUGUAAAUUAUCAAGAACACAACUCAGAAUAUGGACUCCAUUGGAAUUUUUUCUUUACAUUGGGAUUCUUACCACCAUUUGUUACCUUACUUGGAUUUUGUAGAAAGAUGGUGCCAUUUUCUAUAUUAGGAUUACUGACGGCUGUGAUAUAUCAAGUUAGUCUAUGUCAAGGGCUCCAGGAAUGGAUCUUAAACGCACCUCGAGUAGAUUUAAUCAGCGCUAAUAAGGAAGGCAUUUUUAGUUUUUUCGGGUAUCUGAGUAUCUUUUUGUUAGGUCUUGAUUGUGGGGUCACUAUAUUCAGAAAUGAUAUAUCUCAAAGUAGAUUGUCUCGCUGGCUAGGAAUUAAUGAAAAGCCAGAGAUCAAGCAAACGACAGUACACUUGUUCUCAUUCAGUGCCCUCAUGUGGGUAUUAUUUUAUAGUUGGGUGUACAUGUAUCCGGAUUAUUAUGUGUCACGUAGAAUGGCUAAUUUACCUUAUAUACUCUGGGUCAUUGCCUUCAAUACGUCUUUGAUUUCUUGCCUCGUAUUGGUAGAAUCAAAAAACGGUGUUAGUGGGAGAGGGCCACCCAUGCUGGAAGCCGUCAAUAUCAAUGGACUAUUUACAUUUUUAUUGGCAAAUAUCUUGACAGGCAGUAUUAACUUGAGCAUGAGGACCAUUUAUGCCGACGAUUUCAUUUCUAGCCUUGUCAAUGUUUUGUAUAUGCUCAGUGUCAUGAUAUUACCUUGGAUAAUGUGGAGACGAUAUAAAUUAAGAAUAAAGUUCUGAGUUUUGUUUAAAUAAAAAAAAAAAAAAUAUUUUCUUUUUGCCA